AUGACAGAGAAGAAAUUUAAUUCUAAAAUGCCAUCUGCUUCGGCCUCAGCUGUUAAUAAUAGCAAUAAUAAUAAUAACGCAGCUGCCGCCAAGGCUGAAAGGGAGGAGCGCCUCAGAUCAGCGCUCAAGGCAUUCGUCCUUAAGGAACGACAACGUAAAAAAGAAGAAUAUGAUGCAAAAGAAGAAGAGGAACGUCUGCGAAAGGAGCGUGAUGAACUUGAUCAUCAGAAUGAUGUCUCACUUGAAGAUACACGUGACAAAAUUGCCAAACUUGACCAACAAAUUAAGGAUUUGCAUAAUCAGAAGCAGCAGUUAUUUUUACAGUUAAAGAAAGUAUUAAACGAAGAUGAAAACCGUAAAAAACAACAAAAAGAUAACGAAUUAUUCGCAAUGCAAGCUUUGCAAGCACAACAAGUAAAUGUUGCACCGCUGCCACCACAAGUUUUUAUACCACCCGUUCGUAUGCAGCACCACCCAAUACCCAUUAUACCCAAGCCUGUAGCAAAUCAACCGGUCAAACGAACGCGAAGUCCAUCACCUCCGUCGCACCAAACUUACUAUAAAAAUGCGGCCUAUCCUCAACCGAAAAUCGAUGAUGGUCGUCGUGGCGCUGAAUAUUCCCGAGUUGCAUGGAGUAGUAAGAAUUUAUUUUAUUUCAAUAAUUUUUUUUUAACUAAAAAUUUUUCCGUAAAAUAUUUAGAACCACCUGCACAGUAUCAAGGACCCGGUGCAUUAUUCUAUCCCGCAACCGGUAAUGCACCACCACCACAACCAGAUGGACGCGGUCCAGCUAUAAUAUAUCCAUAUGGCCUACCAAUACGACAGGGCUUCCACCUAGAUCUGCAGUCAGCACCCUCUGCACCUGUGUCAAAAUCAGAUCAGGCACCAUCGAAACCAGCACAAGUCUAUCAUAUUAGUUUGGAUGCACCACCCAUAUCACAAUCUGGGCCAGUUUCAUCUGUACCGCCAGGUGUGCAAUCGCAAAAACCACAAGUUACAAUGGAGAAAAUCAAUGAUCGUUAUCAUCCUGAUGUUAAGCACGACGGACCACCAAGCCAUGGACCACCGCAUCAAUUGCCAGAGGGUGUUGUGUACACACCAAUGAUGCCUGGCAUGACGCUUCAUCCCAACAUUAUGCAAAUUAGUAGCAAUCCAGGGCAGAAUCCCAAAUCAGGGUCAAGUAUAACCCAGGGCUAUGCAACUGGCCGUGGUGCUGCUGCCGCACACGAGCAUAUGGCGCGUCAACCGCAAAUAAUGCAAGGCCAACCGGGACAGCCACCACAACAACAAAUAAAUUAUACCAGACGUAUGUACUAAAUGGAAAAUGAUACGCUUAAAAUAAGUAAAUCUUAGUUAUGCAUAAGUGUACAAGUAAAUGUAACAAUUUUUACAAUAUUCAAAAGAUUAUUUGAAACACAAGAUGAAUAAAAAUACAUAUGUAUGAGUACAUAUACAUAAGCUUGCAAAAAUGAA